GCGACCUGGGCUCAUUUGGACCCGGUCGGCUCGCGGGCGCGGUGGUGGUUGGUGGCAGCUCGGCUCCCUGGGGACUCGCACCGCAGCGCGGAGGGGCAGGAAUGAAAGUGGGCGUAAUCCACUGUAGAUGUUCCAGGUGUUUUUCUUUCCCUUCAAAACGAAGGGUAAGAAAACGGCCUCGAGUCCUGACAUUACUGAGUCUCCCUGAAGAUGUUCUGUUUCAUGUUCUGAAAGGCCUUCCUGCUGAGGAUAUCCUCUCCAUCCGAGCUGUGCACUCGCAUCUUAAGUACCUUGUAGAUAAUCAUGCUAGUGUUUGGGCAUGUGCAAGUUUUCAAGAAGUAUGGCCUUCUCCAAAAAAUCUGAAGAUGUUUGAAAGGGCUGCUGAAAGGGGUAACUUUGAAGCUGCUGUGAAGCUGGGCAUAGCAUAUCUGUACAAUGAAGGCUUAUCCAUCUCCGAUGAGGGUCGUGCAGAAGUGAAUGGGUUAAAGGCAUCUCAUUUCUUCAGCCUGACGGAGCGUCUGAAUGUCUGUGCAGCCCCCUUUAUCUGGCUCUUUAUUCGUCCCCCAUGGUCCGUGAGCGGGAGCUGUUGUAAAGCUGUGGUCUAUGAGAGCCUCAAAGCAGAGUGUCAGUUGCAGAAAGCCCAGAAAGGCUCUAUUCUCCACUGCUUGGCUAAGGUUUUAAGUCUCUUUGAGGAUGAAGAAAAAAGGAAAGAAGCCCUUGAAAUGUUUGAAGAGUCUUCAAAGCAGGGUUGCUUAAACAGCUCCUACCUCCUCUGGGAAAGUAACAGAAGAGCUGCUAUGUCAGAUCCCGGCAGAUACCUUCAGAGCUUCAGGAAACUAAGGGACUAUGCAGCAAAGGGUUGCUGGGAAGCCCAGAUAUCUUUAGCCAAAGCUUGUGGGAAUGGAAACCAGCUAGGAUUAGAAGCAAAAGCCUCCAAUGAGAUGGUGUCUCAGCUCUUCCAGGCUUCCCUUUCUGUCAGAAAGCAAAGCAUCUUCACUGUGCAGAAGGGAAUGAACGAAACAAUGAGGUACAUCCUGAUUGACUGGCUGGUAGAAGUGGCCACCAUGAAAGAUUUCUCCAGCCUUUGUCUUCAUACGACAGUGGGGUGCGUGGAUCGGUACUUGAAGCUGAGACCUGUAUCCCGGGCCCGGCUCCAGCUUUUGGGAAUCGCGUGCAUGGUCAUUUGUACACGCUUCAUCAGCAAAGAGAUCUUGACAAUACGGGAAGCUGUGUGGCUAACAGACAACACAUACAAAUAUGAAGAUCUAGUCCGGAUGAUGGGGGAGAUCAUCUCUGCCCUGGAAGGCAAGAUAAGGAUUCCUACUAUUGUGGAUUACAAAGAAGUGCUACUGACUAUAAUCCCCCUGGAGAGAAGAACGCUUCACCUGUACAGCUUUAUCUGUGAACUAUCACUAUUGAACACAGGUCUCUGUGUAUAUUCUCCUGCCAAUCUGGCUGCUGCAGCACUACUACUGGCUAAGAUACUGCACAGGCAAGCACAUCCUUGGAACAGCCAGCUGUCUGAAUGCACUGGAUUCUCUCUUGAAGACCUGAUACCCUGUGUGCUGAGCCUACAUCAAAAAUGUUUCCAUGAUGAUGUCCCAAAGGAUUAUAGGCAGGUGGUGUUGACUGCUGUGAAACAACGAUUUGAAGAUGAGCGUUAUGAAGAAAUUGGCAAGGAAAAGGUGAUGAGUUACAGCCAGCUCUGUUCGCUGUUAGGAGUGAAACAGGAGGACCCAGAGCCCAGUCCCUUACACACAAGUGCUGAGGAAAUUCAGACGUUCCUUAGCUCUCCCUCUGGAAAGAGAACUAAAAGGAGAAGGGAAGACAGCAUUCAGGAAGACAGGGGCAGCUUUGUGACUACACCCACAGCUGAACUAUCCACGCAGGAGGAGACCCUUCUGGACAACUUCCUGGACUGGAGCUUGGACUCCUGCUCGGGUUACGAAGGAGAUCAGGAAAGUGAAGGGGAGAGAGAGGGAGAUGUGACAGCUCCCAGUGGAGUCUUGGAUGUAACUGUAGUCUAUAUGGAUCCAGCAGAGCAUUGCUGUCAGGAUUCCAGUGAUGAAGAUAGCCUAGCUGCAGAAUGGCCUGGACAGGAUGUACCAGCGAGGAAGGCGGAGCAGCCAGAUGCUGAGAAACAGCGGCUUGCUGGUCACUGUCAAAAAGAACCCAUACUAGAAGCCACCUCAGGCUAUUCAUCUGUCCACAGUGCCAGUCCUACUUCCUCUGUAGAUGGCAGCUUUGGAGCACCGAUCAAAACUACCUCAGCACUGUCUCUGGGCAGUGCCAUGAACAAAGGGCCAUACCUGCCUCACUACUUGAAAUCACAUUUACAAUCUGUCCGCCCCAAGUCCACUGAGGGCAAGUGUGAGAGAAGGCAAGUCAAACGGAAAAACGUGGCUGAGCAUAGUGAAGAAGAGAGGAUGAACUUGGGCUUCUUGAGCCUCUGAUUUCAGUGCUGUUUACUUUCAUUUCAGAGGGCUCCUGGAAACAGUAUUUUGGUGUAGUCCUUGCAGGGAAGGUAACAAGUAAUUGUCAGUAGCAGGCGCCAC